UCUUGCCUUCUGUGAACUCCCUUACAUCUCCAGGACUUCAAUACAGGAAUAAGGAGUACUCCAAAGAUUUCUUGCACUUUCUGGAAUUAAACGCUUGACUUUAGCUUCCUUGCUUUGGAUUUGAGGAGGCAGAGGCAUGUAUUGAGAUGUAUGAAGUGGGGUAGGAAGACCAUUUCUGGGAAAAUGGGCCAGAGUAUUGAUCUUUUUCAUUUUGACCCCUUCGCUUCAUUAGAACAAACAUUUAUUGAACAAGCGCAAAGCUUGGCGCUUGUCACUCAUGUUUUAUUAGCGUUUUCCUUUUUUUUUUUUUAAGCUAUCUCCUACAGGAAGGCUAUUAGCUCUUUCAUUCUCUCAAGGGUCAGAUGUAAUCUUCUAACAUCUGACUUUGGCGUCACCCAUUUGGGAAGAGACGCGGUCCCUUUAAGGCCCUGGAAAGGGUCUAAGUGUUGGUUUCGGUGGGGGAGGCCACGCCCCAUCACGUGACCGCAGCCCCCAGCAGGGCGGGGCCGGCGUCUCCUGGCUGCCGUCACUUCCGGUUCUCUGUCAGUCGCGAGCGAACGCGCAAGAGGGUGUUCGACUGCUAGAGCUGAGCGAAGCGAUGCCUAAAUCAAAGGAACUUGUUUCUUCAAGCUCUUCUGGCAGUGAUUCUGACAGUGAGGUUGACAAAAAGUUAAAGAGGAAAAAGCAAGUUGCUCCAGAAAAAUCUGUAAAGAAGCAAAAGACAGGUGAAACUUCGAGAGCUCUGUCAUCUUCUAAACAGAGCAGCAGCAGCAGAGAUGAUAACAUGUUUCAGAUUGGGAAAAUGAGGUACGUUAGUGUUCGAGAUUUUAAAGGCAAAGUGCUAAUUGAUAUUAGAGAAUAUUGGAUGGAUCCUGAAGGUGAAAUGAAACCAGGAAGAAAAGGUAUUUCUUUAAAUCCAGAACAAUGGAGCCAGCUGAAGGAACAGAUUUCUGACAUUGAUGAUGCAGUAAGAAAACUGUAAAAUUCGAGCCAUAUAAAUAAAACCUGUACUGUUCUAGUUGUUUUAAUCUGUCUUUUUACAUUGGCUUUUGUUUUCUAAAUGUUCUCCAAGCUAUUGUAUGUUUGGAUUGCAGAAGAAUUUGUAAGAUGAAUACUUUUUUUUAAUGUGCAUUAUUAAAAAUAUUGAGUGAAGCUAAUUGUCAACUUUAUUAAGGAUUGCCUUGUGUACCCGCCACCCUAGUGUAAAAUAAAAUCAAGUAAUACAAUCUUAACUGUUGUGGCCUUUUUUGAUCAUAAGAGUUGGUACUGUUUAAGGCCAAAAGUAACAGUUUUUAUAGAUCUUUUAGUUUCAACUCAGCUUUUACAAUAAAAAGGAUUUGUAUUGCAUUGAGUUUAUAAACUUUUGGUUUGUGAACUUCAUAUUUGAUCUUUUCUCUUCCAAUCAAAUGUCUAGGCUUGUUUGACUUCCACCCCAAUGAUUUUUCACUCUUUUUAUUUUGUUUACUUCAUUUUCCUUUAAUAACUUAAUCUCUUCAUGUUCAGUUUUUACUUCACUCUUUAUUCUUUUCUUUGGUUAUGGUAUGCUUAUUUGGAAAGUCAGUGAAACUGUCAAAAUGUUAUCUCAAUAAGAUACUUACAUGAGAACUACAAUCACCGAAUCUACUGUAUUCAGUAUUAGCAGAUCUAAUUUGAUAAACAACAUGGCUUGUGUGAAAAUUGAGCAGGUGUUUGUUUACCCAUAGUGUUCUAUGUAGUUAUUGCUUAGUCUGCAGAAAAUAAUGACUUAGAUGAGAUGUCUGACUUGCUUUCACUUAUUAAACAUGUUCACCAUGGGAUAAUGUCUGUAACAUCAGAUAUUGUUAAACUAGACUAGGAUUUAAUAAAAAUUGUGAAAGCUUACUGGCCUAACAUUUUAUUUUAUAAUAUUGAAUAUGAAUUAUAUGUAGCCAGAGAUGUUAUUAAGCUUUACUGUUAUAGUAGGUAAUAUGGUUAGUUUGUAGGGAAAAGAGCAUAUGAGCACAUGCUUGUGUAUUUUGGCCUUUGCCCCAAUAGAACAGACCAAUGGCAUUCUAGACUUGAUGAUACAAAGUUUUAGCAGACACUAGUAAGUGGUUUGUAUUUAACCAUAUUGAUGAAGCAGACAGAUUGAGGCACAGAUUUUAGUGGCUUUGUGGCAAUAAAUAGGGCAUGGUGUGCCUUAGGAAAAUAAUGUUUAUAAAGGGAAUUAUAACUGAAAUUAAAGGAGGCGGCAGUGAAGAGGAAAUAAUUCUCUUCUAUCUAAAUGAUAUACACAUGAUAUUUUGAGAUUUUUAUAACAGCAGCAGAACACAAUUCUAGGUAGAGUAGAAAAAGGAAAGGUUUAAAGACAUAUUAAAGAUUCUUGUUGACAAAUUAUUUUUGGUAGCAAAUCUCAAAUGGUUGCCUGCUAUUAAGGGCUGCCAUAUUAGAGUUUUGCACUAUUUUGCUACCAAGUUUGAUUGGUACAUCUAAAACAUUUUGUAGUUGCUUGUCAAGGACUUAAUUUGAAAAUCAUUUGCCAGGCCACAUAGUUAUCAAUUUUUUUGUCUAGCAGCUAUUCUGCUGUAUUUCUAAAACAUUUUUUAGAUGACUUUUUAAAGUAUAUUUAGCAGUAACCUUAAGAGGUUCAAAUUGGUAAAUCUCUUGUAAUUUAGCCUUCAUCAAGUAAUAGGUACCAGUGUAUUAAAAAUACGUAUUUUUUUUUGCAGCCCCUUGAACCAGAGUAGGUUCGGAGAAACUCCCAAAAUUUGUACUUUAGACACAUCAUGCUUGAUUGGUAACUUCCCUCCUUUUUUGGGGAACAUGCUUGUGUCCUAUUAAUUGGAUAGAUUUUUAAAUAUUUCUUAUUUUUGGCACACAGAAAGGGUAGUUGGAGUACAGAACUUUGAUUUUUGGUGUAGAUGCAGAGGGAAUGAUGGGUAAAUUACCUAGGUUUAUAUGAAUUUAGGGGGUGUAUGCAUUUUGAAACAAUCUACUAACAGAUGGUGCUGAAAUCUAUUACCUACAUGUUUUCUAGUUGUUUAGCAUUAUGUUAAUGAAGCCUCCACAUAAGGAGUGUUUCUCUGGCACAGUUGGUAAGUUGACUGCUAACUUCAUUUAAAUGUGUUACUGGAUAUGCAGUAUACUGAAGUUAUUAAUCAGUUUGUGUAUAGGAAAAGAGAACUGGGUUAAAAGAAGCAAAAUUAACUUGUUCUGAAAAGAAAGUAUAGAUUAAUUUUGUUUUCUGUUUAAGUUUUAUCUUGUUGGUAAAGAUUUUUUUUCCUAGGCAGAAACCUUGGCAUUUUUAGGCAUAGAUACCUUACCUUACAAUGCCAAAAUGAAUUUAAUUCCAGUACUCAGGUUUUUCCCUUUAACAGACUUUAUGGGUAUCAGGGCUUUCUAAUGGGGUUUUCCUCUUCGUUUUUAAAAUGUGAGCAGCAUUUGACCAAUUUCCAGUGCUCUUAGCAUUUUACUUAAAGAACGACCACUACAAAAGAAAAUCUUUGUAAUUUGAUUGUCUUUUGCUUUGCUUCAUUAAUGCCUAAGAACUUAAGAAUACUCCUACCUCAUUAGCUACUCAAGAUGCUGUGACGAUCAAAUCUAUUCUACAUAAUGUGUUUAGAAACAAAGACUUGGGUGAAAAAUGUAAUAAGUAUAUUCUGACUUGGCUAUUGAGGGGAAAAUUCAGUAUUAAGUGUUCCUCACAGGAGAUAUGUUAGCAGAAUACUAUAAAAGUUUGAAAUUUUUAAAAAGUACUUAAAUUUAGGUAUCUCUCCGGAAAUUCUUUGCAGUUCAUUUUUUAUGGCAGUUAAUCCAGUGAAACACUCAAAAGUUUUUUUUUGUUUUUUUUUUUAAAGUGGUGUUUUUCCAGAUAAACUCUAGGGUGAAUAUUCACAUAAUCACAAAUAUGUAAUUCUGUAAUUGUGGAAUGCCUGUAUGCUUUGUUUUCGUACAUCUUCCAUGGAGAUGUCUGAAUAUAAUACUCUAUCUGUGAAUAUUUUAAAUGUUGAAAUAAAAGUAAGAAAUGUG